AUGUCUUAUUACAAAUCAAGAAUAAAGAGGCAAACAUCACAAAUGUAAUCGCCUUACCAACACGGAUUGAAACUUUGUUAGAUGUCAUAGGUUUAUUAUAAUAAUACGAUGUGUGUUUCACAAAUUUUAGUUCUUAUUUUCGGUGUUACGUCGGUGGCUGGAAUGGAGCGGCAUUAUUAUAUUAUGGCAGAGGAAGUGGAUUGGAAUUAUGUACCAUCUGGGCAGAACUUCGUCACAAAUGAAAUGGAGAACUUCAUAAAGAAGACACGAUCUGGUCCUGACAGAAUUGGUAGUAUUUAUAAAAAGGCGAUCUAUCGCGGGUAUACAGAUGCUACUUUUACUCAACAAGUUGUAAGACCCCAAUGGGCGGGUUUUGUAGGACCACUCAUAAAGGCCGAGGUUGAUGACGUCGUUUUCAUCCACUUCCGUAACCGUGCGACCGGAAGUAACUUCAGCGUUCAUCCUCAUGGUUUUCAAUACAAUAAAUCAAACGAAGGGGCUCUUUAUCUCGAUGGAACAAGUGGGAUCGACAAAUUAGAUGACGCCAUUCCUCCUGGUGGUAGCGCCACCUACAUUUGGAACGCGUCUAGAAUGCAUGCGCCUACUGAGCAAGAUGAUAACUGUUACGCUUUUACCUAUCACUCACACACUUUGGCCGCUAAAGAUGUAGACACUGGUCUUUUUGGUGUGGGACUUAUUUGUAAAAAAGGAGUUCUUGAUAUACACGGCAAUAGGAAAGAUGUAGAUAAAGAAUUCUUCUUGUACGCGGAUAUAGCAGACGAAAAUAAUAACUUGUAUGCCGACCAACAUGUAUCUAAAUGUGGAAACCCCACAUUGUGCCAAACCCUCAAGGAAACUGGUGACGAUGACUUUGCUGAAAGUAACAAAAUGCCACACAUCAACGGGUAUUUGUAUGGGAAUUUACCAGACUAUACAGUAUGUGAAGGAGAGAAUGUUGUGUGGUAUUUUAUGUCUAUCAAUGAUGGUAUACAUACAAUACACGCGAACGGACAGACCAUGAUCAUAGAAAAGAAGCGAACAGACACGGCGGUAUUGCACCCAGCAAGUGUUUACUCCGGUUAUAUGACACCUAUCAACCAAGGACGCUGGUUACUUUACUGUAGAAAUCAGGAACAUUAUGAUGAGGGAAUGCAGGCAUUUUUAGAUGUAAGAUAUUGUCCGCCGCCUCCUAACGAGGUCAUGUUUACACCAGCAGUAGUUAUACACCCGACAGUGACCAGACGAUAUUAUAUAGCUAUAGAAGAAGUAUUGUGGGACUAUGCACCGGAUGUUGAUGUGAAUGCAAUUCCUGGUGCAUCAAGGUUUAUCCAAGGAGGGAAUCAACGUAUAGGAUCGGUUUAUAAAAAGGCUAUGUUUGUUGAAUACGAGGACCCGUCCUUUAAUGUACGGAAAGAGAACGGGUUUCGUGAGUUACAUCAUGGGUUAUCUGGCCCGCCUAUAAAAGUUGAAGUUGGCGACUACGUUGAGGUGUUAGUUAUGAACAACGCGUCGAGGCCGUAUUCUUUUCUAGCGAACGGCGUUGCCAUGACCAAGUAUAAAGAAGGGGCUUUAUACAAGAAUGUUAGAAACGAUCCUGCGAUGAGCGGAGCGGUAGUUUCCCCUGGUACAAGAAGACCAUACGCGUUUUACGUUAACGGCGAACCGACGGAUCUAAAUACGAAUUGCGUGACGUAUAUAUAUCACUCGGCUGUAGAUUUUACUAGGGACAUAUAUUCAGGACUGUUUGGACCACUUCUAGUUUGUAAACGUGGAACAUUAUCGUCUGAUGGUAAACAGAUUGGUGUAGAUCGUGAGUUCUACUUAAACUGGAUGGUGAUAGAUGAAAACAAGUCGUGGUACAUUGAUGAAAAUAUUCAGAGAUUUACUAACGAGCAACACUUGGUUGACAAGAAUGAUCCAGACUUUCAACUAUCAAACAAAAUGAGAGCCAUUAACGGUAGAACAUUUGGAUCUCUUGACGGUUUGGAGAUGUGUCAAGGUGAACAUGUAAACUGGCACAUGUACGGACUAGGUGGCCAGGUGGACCAUCAUCAUUUUAGUUUCGAGGGUAACAACUUCAAAUUUGACAACCGCAAUCUAGACACAGCGUCCGUAUUUCCGGGUGUUGGACAGACUGUCACUAUGAUACCAGAUCAAACAGGUACACUACUCCUACGAGAUGGUCAGCUUGGGUUUGAAUCAGAGGGACUAUACACUUGGUAUAGUGUCUCCACAUGUCCAGAUCAACUAUUACAAAACAUGGCCAACUCACGAUAUGGAGGGCGUGCAAGGAUUCAAGGGCGACAACCCAAAAUUGCGAAUAUACCGCCACCUCGUGGACGAGCACCUGUUGUAUCCGGUAUAGUGAGGCGGUAUUAUAUUAAUUGCAGCAAUAGAACAGCACUGGGAUUAUGCCCCUGUAACUAUUUCUUACAUUUCAGUAAAGGGUACAUUUAUGUUCGCACGGAUCCUCCAUACCUUGGGACAAGGUACAUGAAAGCCGUGUACAGGGAAUUCACGGACCAUACGUUUACUACAUUGAAGGCAAGAGCAGACGACGAGUUACAUCUCGGAAUACUUGGACCAUUUAUCCGCGGUAACGUUGGUGACACGAUCGAAAUUGUAUUUAAAAAUCUAGCAUCAUAUCCGUACAACAUUAUUCCGAGGAAUGUUGUUUUUAAGGACGGUUCAUCUAUAUCAAACGCACCGGCGACUUUACCCGGACAGACGAACGUUUAUACUUACUACAUUCCUGAAAGAUCAGGACCAACACCGACACAGCCAAACUGUGUAGGAUCCCUGUACGUCUCUAGAGUCAAACCAAAGAAUGAUACAUAUAGCGGAUUGGUUGGUCCGUUCGUUGUUUGCAAAGCAGGUAUCUUAAAUUCUAGUGGAAGUAGAAUGGACGGUGUUACAAAAGAGUUUGCUACAGGAUUUAUCAUUUAUGACGAGAAUCUGAGUAAUUAUAGACAAACUAACUUUGCAAGCGUUCCUCCAAUAUCAAUAGAUGACCCAGAUUUUGUUGAAAGUAACAUUAUGCAUACUAUCAACGGCUUUAUUUACGGCAAUUUAAAGGGUCUUGUAUUCAGUGUAAAUGAGCAUUCCGCUUGGUACGUAUUUGGACUUGGCUCGGUUGAGGACAUACAUACUGUUCACUACCACGGUCAGCUCUAUCUUCGUAAAACAUCAUUGAUGUUAAAAAGGGACGUGCUAGAAGUAUUUGCAGGAACAUAUGAGACUGUUGAAAUGCUCGGAUAUAAUACAGGCACGUGGCUAUUCCAUUGUCACGUGGCCGCUCAUGCGAUGGAAGGAAUGGAGACUUCGUUCACGGUGUUACCAUUAGAUUAUGCACAUGGCAAAGGCAGUGUUGGAAGACGACGUAAACAACAACGUAAACUAAAAAAGAAAUCGAGACGAAGGCAAAGGCAGCAAGGCAGAUAUUAGUUGAGUUUAUCAAGCAGAUUAAAUAAAAAAGUGAUGCUGGAACAAUAAAAAUGUCUAAACUGAUUUUCAAAUAAUUUCAGCGAAUUGUUCGUGGUUCCGUAGUACCAGUAUUGUAUAAACUCUUGUAUGAACCUCUUGUAUGAACUCUUGUAUGAACUCUAAACAAAAUUUAAUAUCCUCUGUUUUAAUAACGUACUAAUCUUUUUUUAUCAACAUGUACUUUCUAACAUUUGCACCUUCUUGAUUUGUUAUGUAGUUUAUUGUUUAACAUUAAAGAACUUUAUUUAGCUA